AUCAAGCCCACAACCUGGACAUGUAACCUGACUGGGAAUCAAACUUUGGACUUCUUGGUACACAGAACAACACUCAACCAACUGAGCCACACUGGCCAGGCUGAGAGCAAAAUCUUGCACAAAAUGGUCACUCGGGACUUUGUAACUGCUGAAUGAUUGCUCAUUUGGGAGUUGGGACAUUUCGGGGAGGCCUGGCUUGCUCCUGUGUCAGAUGAGAUAUGGUGGUUCAAGGGUGGGGUGGUAGGAUGGGUCCCCGUGUGGCUCCUGAUAACCCCAAUCCUGACAGGAAGGCGGGUCAGAUAAAAAGAGGCCUGGGAGACUGGGGAGAAAGGCAUCAUCUGUGUACUAAAGGACUCCCCAGGCCAAGGGAAUGUGUAACUUCCGAUAAGUCCCUGCCUUUCUCUGAGCCUUGAGAUCCCAUUCACACAAGGAGAGAGGAAUGGCUCUUGAUAUUUUUUUCUUCCCUACUUGGCUACUGAGUGUCCCCUCAGGCACCUUGCCUGAAGGUGGAGUGCAAGUACAUUAACCACCAAUCUGUAGAAGCAGGCAAGUUCAUUGACUAUAACAGAAUUUAUUAUAGGGUCAUUUACUUACUGAAGUUUGGGUCAGAGCAGAAGAGACAACCCAUCCGACCCUGCAGAUUAUUAGCUAGACUAAUAAACCUUUUGUAGUAUAGCUGAACUACUAAUGAUUGACAAGACUAAAGGACAAAGGAUGCAAUGAGACAGGUCUUAUGAUUGCCAACGCAUAGUUUGAUAUUUAUCUUGUUUGCUGUGCCAUUUUGGUCACUUACUGACAGGAAUCUAUGGUUACACUAUGUGAAUUUAUAGGACACAGCUAAUCAUUAACUGUGAGGCUUUGGUGCUGGCUGAUCAGAGUUCUCAGCAUGGAAAAACAAAAGCAGGGAUGCAAAGAUGAAGUCACUUUUGUUCACAUCGACAUCUGUACACGCCUCCAAAAGGACGGCUCUAAAACGGAGCUCUCCACCUUCUCUCCAAGACCAGCAAGGACUGGUGAACCACACUCAGAGGAACAUUGAGCUGAACACCCAGCAGAUACCCCAGGAGCCCUCAGUUCCAACCAGCUGGCUACCCUGUACCCUGACUGCUCACCAUGCAGCCUCAGUCUGUUCUCCACAGCGGCUACUUCCACCCACUGCUUCGGACCUGGCAGGCAGCCGCCACUACAUUCAGUGCCUCCAACCUCAUCUACCCCAUCUUUGUCACGGAUGUUCCUGAUGAUGUACAGCCUGUUGCCAGCCUUCCAGGAGUGGCCAGGUAUGGUGUGAACCGGCUAGAAGAGAUGCUGAGGCCCCUGGUGGAAGAGGGCCUGCGCUGUGUCCUGGUCUUUGGUGUCCCCAGCAGAGUUCCCAAGGAUGAGCGGGGCUCUGCAGCAGACGCUGAGGACUCCCCGACUGUCGAAGCAGUUCGUCUGUUGCGCAAGACCUUCCCCAGCCUGCUGGUGGCCUGCGACGUCUGCCUGUGCCCCUACACCUCCCAUGGUCACUGUGGGCUUCUGAGCGAGAAUGGGGCUUUCCAGGCCAAGGAGAGCCGCCAGCGGCUAGCAGAGGUGGCUCUGGCCUAUGCCAAGGCAGGAUGUCAGGUGGUAGCCCCGUCGGACAUGAUGGAUGGACGCGUGGAAGCCAUCAAGGAGGCUCUGAUGGCACAUGGAUUUGGCAACAGGGUAUCGGUGAUGAGCUAUAGCGCCAAAUUUGCUUCCUGUUUCUAUGGGCCUUUCCGGGACGCAGCUCAGUCAAGCCCAGCUUUUGGAGACCGCCGCUGCUACCAGCUGCCACCGGGAGCACGAGGCCUGGCGCUCCGAGCAGUGGACCGGGAUGUCCGGGAAGGAGCCGACAUGGUCAUGGUGAAGCCGGGAUUGCCCUACCUGGAUAUUGUGCGGGAGGUGAAGAACAAGCACCCAGAGCUCCCUCUGGCCGUGUACCACGUUUCUGGAGAGUUUGCUAUGCUGUGGCACGGAGCCCAGGCUGGGGCGUUUGAUCUCAAGGCCGCUGUACUGGAGGUCAUGACUGCCUUCCGCAGAGCUGGUGCCGACAUCAUCAUCACCUACUACACACCUCAGCUUUUGCAGUGGCUGAAGGCAUGAUGGAGAGAGUGUGCACGACCCAAGAACUAGAACUUUACAGAGGCCCCAGGGCCUUGGAGAAGUGAAAACCAAAGUAAAUGCUGCUUUUAGAACUGUGCCCUUGUGCCCUUUUCCUGCCAAAUCUUACCACUGUCAGCCACAUCUUCCAGGGCUCCGCCAAGCUUCUCCACCCUCCCCUGUGUCAGCCCUGAGGCCACCUCUGCCACCCUAGCUCCUUCCUCUGGCGUUGCUUCCGUUUGAAAGCUCUCGUGGGCACAGGUUUCUGGGGCCUGUGAGAGGAGUUUGGAGCAUUAGGCGAAGAGGAAGACAGUUGGAUCGUGGAUCCUCAGAAGCUGUGGAAAGCCUAAGGCCUCUGGAACCAUGCCACAUCUGCUGGACAUUGGGCCUGGGGGCUAGACUGACAUUCCUGAGUUCAAAGUUGAGACUUGCUGCGAUUCCACAGGAAGGCGAUUCCCACACAGACCAGCGGUUGCCAGGCUGCCUGCGAUCUGCUCUACUCUGAGCCAUAAACCCCAGACAAGAAUUACUCAUUAACGAGCAGAAACAUUGCCAGGGGAUCAAAAUUCAGAAGCAAAGAGAAAGUUCCUGAUUGUUGGAGAUGCCACCCAUCCAAAAGGCUUUUUAUUAAAGAGAUAUUUUUUGAGAGCGUGUUUUCUGUGCCCAGGCACUGUGCUGGGUACUGAGGAUCUAGCCGGACAGCCCUCAGCUUGUCUCUCUGCAUGGAAACAAUUCCAAUAGAAUGGGAGAGACAGGCCACAAGAAAACAGACAAAUAAAGCAGUUACAAAUUCUAA